AUGUCAAGUCUUACGGAUAUAACUGUCGCAGAAGGCUAUACCCUCUCGACAUCUCCUAUCAGCAAGCUCGCACCGGAACUCCUCGCUGAAGUUUUCCAUUGGUGCAUCCUCAACGUCGCCGCCGCACGCCUCAUGAACACUGCGCCGCCUCUAGCACCGUACUCCUGGCUCACCAUCCGCCACGUCUGCCACACAUGGCGUGACGUCGCUCUGGCGUUUCCUGAGCUGUCGACACACAUCUGGUUGACCCGACCUGAGUGUGUCAUUGACAUGCUUGGCAGAUCGGGUACUCUUCCCCUGCAUAUACACAGUGUCGAACGCUUCUACAUGAAUCCUACAGAGGAGGCCGAAAUGCUUCACAUGGUUCUUUCCCAGUUUGAGCGCGUCGCUGAUGCGUCGUUUGUGCUUGCCGAGGAGAUUCUCCGUAGCUAUAAGCCGGACCCGCAACUGAAAAAGCACACGGUCCGCGCCUCACAGUUACGGUCUUUGAAGCUGUACAUAUGGCGUGCCAACCCUAGUUGGAGACCGCCCUGGCUGCUCUUUGCCGGUUUCGACUUCCCGGCAUUGCGCGAGUUGACAUGUGUACACACGAAUAUUGCUAUGCUUCACACCCUCGUCGCUCCUAGGUUAUGUCAUCUGCGGCUCUUCCACUCUGAACUGCAGCUGGAACAAGAACUACUACCCCUGCUCAAUCAGCUUGGAGUGCUCGAGGAGCUCGAGCUAGACGAGGCGAUGCGGUCCUUCGCAGGGCCCCAGCAAGCCCUGGGCGCCAUUCUGUCAGCUCCAAACUCUCCGACUUCAGUCACUCUUCCUCGCCUGAAAAGACUUUCCAUCAAACAUGUUUCUGCAGAUGCGGUCUUCUAUUUGCUUCAUCGACUCUCUUUUCCCCUGUCUGCUUCUGUGGUGCUCCAAGCCUCGUGGCGACCUAGACGCCCUUCUUCCUAUGACAGCUACGUUGCUGUCAUCCUCGCGAAAAUAGAGGGUCUCUGCUUUCACACGCUCUCGCUGUCCACAACGGCUGAAUCUGGAGUUACCUUUCGCUUAUGGGGCGAUCGUCUGGCUGUUGAUCAUGGGCACCUUUCACAAUUAUACUCGGGCGAGGCCGCACACUUCAGCUGCUCUCUGCGCAUUCCUCCCAGAUUACUCAUAACAUAUCUCAUUGAGGAGCUUCCGCUCGGUCAAAUAGAGUGCACAUUGCUUUCGGAGCAGGCGGUGGGCCUGAAUGACGCAGUAGCAUGGGAGACCGUCCUAUCCCUCAUGCCUUCGGUGGAGGAUCUCGUGAUGCAGUAUGAAACCUUUGAUUACCUUGCGAACGAUGCUCAACCGUAUCGUAUCCGGCCUGCGAACACCUACUCGUUGUGCCCUUCUCUCGAGACGCUCCGGAUACGCGAGCUGCACCACUGGAGCUCGUUAAUGUUGGACUUCUCCUCCGACGUCGUCCACCUCGGCUGUGUCGCGCGGGGGCUGGCAGAGCGCAAGGAUGGCGUUGGAAAGAUGGACAUCACCCGGGAGGUUGAGGACUUCCAUGAGGAAUAUCCCUGCCCACAUGAAGGCGGACGUGGCUGUCGGCAACCACCGGGCUACGAAAGUAGUUUGAGUGCACCCGUACAACGCAGGAACCAUUUCAAAGCGCGUAUCUUGGAUGGUGCUUUUCGGGUACCUAAUUUGUUCAAGAGACGCUAGUUUGCUUCUCAUUUUCCAGUCUUAU